AUGCCGUCGGAGGCCCAAGCAAGCUGGUCAGGCUCUUUGAAAUCCAAGAAGAAGAGCGAACUGCAGCAAAUCUGCCGUCAGCUCGACAUCGAAUACAAAUCCGAAGCACUCAAGGCAGACCUCGAGCAACAGAUUCGCCAUCGCUUCCAGGAGGUCCCCAGCCUUCAAGAGGACGAGCGAUUUGUGAGGCUGGAUCAUACCGCCAGUCCAAGCGCAAGCUCAAACACCAGUCGUCGAGGUACCAGGGCCAGGAGUGUCUCGAGACCUCCCAGAGCAAAUGAGGAGGACCAACAGAGCUCGGCUGAAGAUAAUCGUACUCGUCCAGUUAGGUCUCCAUCGAGACGAACAACACUCGACAAAAACUCGACCGUCCCCGAACCUUCCGGAACGCAGAAAAUUCUGGUCACUGUUGUCAACACGGAGAAAGACCUCAGCCGGUCAGCAGACGUUUAUCACACUCCGUCCAAAACCAAAACCGUAGCAACUCAGCCCACUAUUCAAGCACAACAGCUAGCCAAGCAAUCCGGCCAGCAAGCCCUUGAAUCCUUCAAUGCGUUUGCUCGCUACACAGUUCGACAGACUAUCGACUUAAUCCAGACCAUCCAGAAGACUUUCUCAUGUCCCUGGAAGUUGUGCGUGAUCGCUAUAUUGGCUGAGCUGACCUUCGUAAUUUACUCAACCGUCCCUCGUCGCCCAGCGAACUAUGUGCCCCCGACUUUGAAACCGGCGGAGUAUCGCAUCCCAGAACCGAUGAUCAGGUUAUUUCACCGGAUAUUCUCCAAGUCGUUCUUGAGACCAUUCCUAGGAUAUCUCGGCUUGACAGUCAUCGCCCCGUUUGCUCUCGGGGGCUUGAUGAAUGUUCCCAGCUCGAGCCAGGAGAAGGACAAGCAGAGGUUCAAAGCGACCCGAGACUUGAAGCCGAGCGUGUUUGUGUACUGCGCCACCAGAUUGGCCGUCCUCUCGCUGGUCCAUCUGGUUUUCUAUCCCAACUACCAUUUUGGUUGGGCUAGUCAAACCCUCGACCCACUCAUUCCUCUCAACCCCUCUCCCCUAACACCUUUCUCCAAGCACCUGGCUUCAAACGUCCAACUCCAUGGUUUCGAAUACUUGCAAUACGUUACCACUGGCUUUGGAAUGCUCAUCGCGCUCCACCGAUUGAUUCGCUCGCCCGUUUAA